CAUAGCCUGACUUUAAUGCAAUCUUCUUGUCGGACAAUGGAACAGCUGUAAAAACUUCAACAGGAGCCGGCGAGUUCUCGCCAUCAUCUCUAAGUUCACCAACAUUAAACAGACCAGUGUUUAAUGCCUCCACAUAAGAUUUCUUAUAAGUUUGUAAAGCGAUGUUACCGGUAACUUCUUGGAAGUUCUCGACUUUUCUCCAUCCUCCAUGGCGAAGUGCAUCGACGUCUGUUGGCUCUUCUAGUUCCCUCUCACGUUUCUUCUUCUUAUGCUUCUUUUUCUGAGAGCUAUCGCCUAAUCCCUUCAGUUUUAGACGGCCAGCCUUUACUUGCUUGUAGCUAUCCGCCAUGUUGAAAAGAACGGAGUAGAGCCCGCGAAGUUACCAGCAGCAGUUAACAACGUAACACUUCUACUUGAUGUGAGCAAUCUCGUUUAUACCCAGUUCAAACAAGAAACAAGAUGGCGAUCAUAGACUUUCGGAAAAUUACAGUAGAGCCUGUUCUUUUCUUUUACAUGCUAUGCACCAUCAUGUCCGUUCAACUUGCGCAGCAACUAGCAUUCAACAAGAUCUGUCAAGAUAAGUAUGACGCCGAAAGAUGCAAAAACCUGACCAAGUCUCAAGAAGAUUUUGUACACGAAAAAACGUCGAAAUGGAUUUUGUAUCAAUCUGUUUCUCUGAUGGUACCUUCUAUUGCUGCCUCCUUGAUCUUGGGUUCCUGGUCAGAUAAAGUCGGCCGUAAAACAGUCCUAAUUCUACCUUCCGUUGGAAGCGUUCUACUGUACAUCAAUUACAUGCUGAAUGUGGGGUAUUUUUCACUUGACGUGAAUUUCAUCCUCAUCGGAGUCUGCAUUUCGGGUUUCUUUGGUGGAUUUGCUACAACACUUCUUGGUGUUUUCUCUUACAUUUCUGAUAUCACUGAUAAAUCUCAGCGAACUCUGAGAGUAGCCAUUCUAGAGUCCAUGAUAUUUUUAGGAGGCACUGUUGGUAACCUAAUCGGUGGCGUGUUAGUGGAACAUCAGGGCUUUAUGGCGGCAUUCGGUUUGUGUUUAGGCUUGAGCGUUGUCGUUAUAUUCUACGUUAGUUUAAUUCUUCCAGAGUCUUACUUCCCGGAAGAAGAUCAGGAAGGAAACUGGGCGUUAGUUGCUGUCCACAAUCACCUCAAGGCUUGCUUUCAAGUUUUAGCUAAGCAACGACCCCGACAUCAGAGACUGAAUUUACUGGUGAUCAUGUUUGGCAUAUUUUUCUUGAUUGUACUAUGUGAGUAGCUUUUGUUAUCAAUCAUUACAGUGCGACUUCUCAAACCGAGCCGCAUAGAAGAAAACCAGUCAAUCAAAUCAUAAACACAAAACAAUGGACUUUAUAUGAUAAGGGUCUGUUUGACCUGAUUACACAACUCCACUGUGUUAUACACACUCUUAGAGAUUCAGUCCUUGACAGCAAAGUGACUAGGGAUAUCUUUACUUCCCCCUGGAUGGGAUGCUAGUCCAUCACAAGGUUAUCCCCA